AGGGACAAUCAGACUCGACAAAUACAAGAUGCUGUUUCAAAUGUGGAAAAACAUUUUGGUGAAUUGUGCCAAAUAUUUGCUGGAUAUGUACGUAAAACUGCCAGACUACGAGACAAAGCAGAUCUUCUAGUACAUGAAAUAUAUGCAUAUGCAGCCACAGAGACACCAAACUUAAAAGUUGGACUGAAAAACUUUGCAGAUGAAUUUUCCAGACUUCAGGAUUAUCGCCAGGCAGAGGUCGACAGGCUUGAAGCCAAGGUUGUUGAACCUCUGAAAUGUUAUGGGACCAUAGUGAAACUUAAAAGGGAUGAUCUUAAAGCAACUUUAACAGCAAAGAACCGAGAAGCCAAGCAAUUAUCUCAACUGGAAAAGACACGUCAGCGGAAUCCAUCAGAUCUACACAUUAUUUCACAGGCUGAAAGUGAACUGCAGAGAGCGACACUGGAUGCUACUCGAACAACGCGGCAAUUAGAGGAAACUAUUGAUAAUUUCGAGAAACAGAAGAUAAAGGAUAUCAAAAACAUCUUUUCUGAAUUUAUAACUAUUGAAAUGUUGUUCCAUGGGAAAGCUUUAGAGAUAUAUACUGCUGCCUACCAAACUAUCCAAAAUAUUGAUGAAAGUGAAGAUUUGGAGGUUUUUCGGAGCUCACUUUAUCCAUCGGACUAUCAGUCUCGCCUAGACAUAGUUCGUGCAAAUUCCAAGUCCCCCCUGCAAAGAACUGCCUCCUCAAAAUCUUCAUUGAGGACAGUACAGAUUUCCCGCAGUAUGUUAAGAAGAGAUGAAGAAGAAGAGGAGGAAGAUGAGGAUGAGGAAGAUGAGGAUGAGGAGGAAGAAUUUGAUGCUACUAAGGAAGCUUUCCUCAGGCUAAGAUGACUUGAUUCCUUUACACAUAGAGAAUCAAUGCUCACAAAUAAGGACUGAGCCCAGUAUCUACGUUUAUUGCUGCUUUGCUUUUAAAUAAAGUGCCUUCAUGAUAAAACUAGUGGAUAUUUUAUGUAGUUGAUGUUUAUUAUAUUAGUUGAUAUGCUAUAGAGUUCAAAUUUCAUGUGCUUAACUACAUGAUUCAGUUACUGAUUCCAUCAAACAUACAAGAAAUUACACAUUUUGAGUGUAAUUUCUUAUUCUGUUUGGAGAUGGUGAUACACACGUUCAUUUUUUAACAGUGUACAGUUGUCUGCCAGAAAGCCACUACCACACUGUUCAUCUCCAGCUCUAGUUAAAGAGCGAACGCAUGCAUAAAUAUAGAAUUUAAACUUGUCACUAGGAAAAAAAUUUCAAGUUAUGGAAAUAAACCAAAAAGUGCAUUUAUAGUAUUGAUGCAUACCUAUUCUGAUGUGAAAAAACAACUUUUGCCAAAAUUAAUGUGAUGGAAAUAUAAGUGAAAAUGUCACAAUAAAGGGUUCUGUUUUAAACCCAGAAAAUAAUUUUACACCAGAAUUACAUACUAUUGACAUUGUACAACUGUUGACAAAGAGUAAAUACAAAUGAGCCAACUUUAAAACUAUCUAGGUAACCAAUUCCCAUCUAUUUCAGCAACUAAGGCACUUCAAUAAAUAUUUGUAUCACAACAUCAGAAUUAUGGUCACCACUUUACCACUUCAUACUCAAUGAAGUAGUCCAUCUCCAAAACAGAUGGCCAACUUCAUAACAAUACUAGGCUUUCAUAUCAUAUACACACAUGCAAACAGUGAUUGUGUACUAUGCCUUGAGAAAGGAAUGCUGAAAAAAGGCAGCCAUGUUUCAUUAAUUCCCCCCUAAAACAUUAGUAGCUAGGGUAAGAAUGAGGGGUUUGUGUUCCUGAGCAGCUUCAAAUUCCUUCUCACUACCUCACAAAAAAG